CUGAAGAGAUAGAUUAAAUUUAGAAACAAACAGGAAGUAUUUGGUGUGAUUUUUGGUUCUAAAAAGUCCUACAAGUGUUUAUAAUGUGCUAACAUUUCAUCUGGGAUAGGUUGAAAGGAGUGGAGUGAGUUAUAUAACCUUGAAUCACGGGACUUCAGUAUUGAUCACAGUUCUAAUAUUGUUCAUAUUUAUUAGUGGAUUGUUUUUUGAGCAGACCUGACACUUUGUAACUGGGAGCUGGGCACACAGUAACAGCAAUCAUGCAUCGCGCGAGAGUAGUCCUACAAGUUUCCAACAAAAUUGGCAAUAGUGAGAGGUUUGCAUCAUGGCUCCUCAACAAACCACAGACGGCCGCUGUGACAGUAAACGCCAAUAGGCUGAAGAGUUCAACAGCGGCCGAGCCGUUCCUGAAUGGCUCCAGCUCGGCGUACGUCGAGACCAUGUACAACAACUGGCUCUCGGACCCCAACUCCGUGCACGCGUCCUGGGACGCAUUCUUCCGCAAUGCGACCAACGGCGCUCAGCCGGGGGCCGCGUACACCUCGCCACCGAACUUGGCGCCUUAUAACAGGAAUGAGGUCCCUCUCACGUCCCUUGUACCCUCAGGAGGCAUGCCUUCAAUUGCGGCUGGAUCUCCCAUCAACGAAAAGAUCAUCGACGACCAUCUGGCAGUCCAGGCCAUCAUCAGAAGUUACCAGUCGCGAGGGCACCUGGUGGCUCAACUGGAUCCUCUCGGGAUCGCCACCGGAGAUCCAGUGUCGAGCUGCGACUGGCACGGGGGCAUGCGCGCCUUCGCUAACGAAGCUGUCAUUAGACAACACGUACGAUUCGAUGAAGCUGAUAUGGACAGGGUUUUCAAAUUACCCUCAACGACAUUUAUCGGUGAAAAGGAAAAGGCAUUGCCUCUCAGGGAAAUCCUGAACCGUCUGGAGCAAGCGUACUGCAACAACAUCGGCAUAGAGUUCAUGUUCAUCAACUCGCUGGAGCAAUGCAACUGGAUCAGACAGCGUAUGGAGCCGCCCAAUGUCACCAAGAUGAGCAACGAGCAGAAGCGGCUCAUCCUCGCUCGACUCACCAGAUCCGCCGGUUUCGAAAACUUCCUGGCCAAGAAAUGGUCUUCUGAGAAGCGUUUCGGUCUGGAGGGCUGCGAGAUUCUGAUCCCGGCCAUGAAGCAAGUCAUCGACGUCUCCACCAAGCUUGGCGUCGAGUCCAUCAUCAUGGGCAUGCCCCAUAGAGGACGCCUGAACGUUCUGGCUAACGUGUGCCGUAAACCCCUGCACCAACUGUUCACUCAGUUCGCAGGUCUCGAAGCCGAAGAUGAUGGUUCCGGCGACGUCAAAUACCACUUGGGCACAUACAUCGAGCGUCUGAACCGCGUGACCAACAAGAACAUCCGGCUGGCGGUGUGCGCCAACCCCUCUCACUUGGAGGCCGUGGACCCCGUCGUGCAGGGCAAGACACGCGCCGAGCAGUUCUACCGCGGUGACAACGAGGGCAAGAAGGUCAUGUCAAUCCUCCUUCACGGUGACGCGGCGUUCGCCGGGCAGGGCGUGGUGUUCGAGACCAUGCACUUGUCGGACCUGCCUGCUUACACCACGCACGGCACCAUCCACAUCGUCGUCAACAACCAGAUCGGGUUCACCACCGAUCCUAGGCACUCGCGUUCCUCUGCUUACUGUACUGACGUGGCCCGCGUCGUGAACGCCCCGAUCUUCCACGUCAACGGCGAUAACCCCGAAGCGGUGAUGCACGUGUGCAACGUGGCGGCGGAGUGGCGCGCCACCUUCCACAAGGACGUGGUCAUCGACAUCGUCAGCUACCGCCGCAACGGACACAACGAGGUGGAUGAGCCCAUGUUUACGCAGCCGCUCAUGUACCAGAAGAUCCGCAACACUAAGCCUGUGUUGGAGAAAUACGCCGAUCAGCUGAUCGCGGAGGGCGCAGUGACGGCCGAGGAAGUAAAGGACGUGCGAGACAAGUACGACAAAAUCUGCGAGGAGGCCUACAACCAGGCCAAACAGGAGACCCACAUCAAGUACAAGGACUGGCUCGACUCGCCCUGGUCCGGAUUCUUCGAGGGCAAGGACCCGCUUAAGAUGUCCCCAACUGGCGUAGUGGAAGAGACUCUAGUCCACAUCGGCAAGCGUUUCUCCUCUCCCCCUCCUAACGCAGCUGAGUUCGAGAUCCACAAGGGUCUGCUUCGUAUCCUGAAGGCGCGUAUGGAGAUGGUCGAGAACCGCACCGUGGACUGGGCCUUGGCCGAGGCGAUGGCGUUUGGUUCCCUCCUGAAGGAAGGCAUCCACGUCCGCUUGUCCGGAGAGGACGUCGAGCGUGGCACCUUCUCGCACAGGCAUCACGUACUUCACCAUCAGAAGGUGGACAAGGCGACGUACUGUGCUCUUGCGCACCUCUACCCCGACCAGGCUCCGUACACCGUGUGCAACAGCUCGCUUUCUGAAUAUGGCGUGCUUGGCUUCGAAGUGGGCUACUCGGUAACCAACCCGAACGCCCUGGUGCUAUGGGAGGCGCAGUUCGGCGACUUCAACAACGUGGCGCAGUGCAUCAUCGACCAGUUCAUCUCCAGCGGGCAGGCCAAGUGGGUGCGCCAGUCCGGCAUCGUGUUGCUGCAGCCCCAUGGCAUGGAGGGCAUGGGCCCUGAGCACUCCUCAGCUCGCUUGGAGCGUUUCCUUCAAAUGAGUGCUGACGAUCCCGACUACAUGCCUCCUGAGAGCCCUGACUACGAAGUCCGCCAACUGCACGACUGCAACUGGAUCGUGGCCAACUGCUCGACGCCGGCGUCGUACUUCCACAUCCUGCGGCGACAGAUCGCGCUGCCGUUCCGCAAGCCGCUCAUCAUCAUGACGCCCAAGUCGCUGCUCCGUCACCCCGAGGCCAAGUCCUCUUUCGACGAGAUGAACGAGUGCACCACCUUCAAGCGUCUGUUGCCCGAAGCGGGCCCAGCAUCAGAGAACCCCAGCGGCGUCCGCAAGCUGGCGUUCUGCACGGGCCGCGUAUACUACGACCUGAUCAAGCAACGCCGCGAGAAGGGGCUUGAGAAGGACAUCGCCAUUGCCAGAGUGGAGCAGAUCUCGCCGUUCCCGUACGAUCUGGUCAAGGCGGAGGUGGCCAAGUACCCGAACGCGCAGCUGGUCUGGUCGCAGGAGGAGCACAAGAACAUGGGCUCGUGGAGCUACGUCGAGCCUCGCUUCCGCACACUGCUGCAGAACCACAAAAACAUUUCGGCCAAGUCCCAAUCGAAGGGUGGUUGGUUUAGCCAGCUUUUCGACUCUAAGCCCGCCCCGACACCUGUCGAUUCGGACUCUGAGCCCAAGCCGAAAACUAUUAGCUACAACGGCCGGGCUACCGCCGCGUCGCCCGCCACCGGCUCCAAGGCAGCACACAACAAGGAGCUCAGGAACCUUCUCGACGAAUUCUGCGUACUGUAAACUGUUACCACACAACACACUCUGCGCGAAAAAUACGAUGUUUUCUCACACUUCUAAAGAACCACACGAGAUAACCUAACCUAGUUUCGCGCCAGAGAGCACAUUUGAUCAUUUAUGCCAUAGAUACGAUACGAAAAUUACCUUUGACCACUAUUCUUCAGCGAUCGUAAAUAUAAAAAAAAUAUAUUAUUCUUUAUUUUCGUUACUGUCAGUAUUUCGCCGUAAUUCUCUUCACGAUUAGGUAGGGUAGGUAAGAUAAAUUUUAUUUAUUUAUUUAAUUAGCAUAAUACGUGACUUGUAGACUCUACAUUAUUUAUUUUUGUAGUUGAAGCAAUAUAACGUAGUCUCACGUAGCCUCCACUCGUUAAGGUUUUAUUAAUUUCAAUUGCUUCAUUUAAAUGGUACAUUUUAAAUUAGCGUCAAAGCGCUGGUUGUGUUGAUUAUUGUACAUAAUUAGUAUGAACACUGUAUUUUUAUGAUUUGAUUUUUUGGAAAUCAUUCUGCCUUAACGGGGUCUAAGUUCAUACGUUCCUUUUGCUAGUCCGAAACGUAAAUUGUUUGUGAUUAUUCGCCUUAUUCAUGUUUUAAGCGCUGAAGCGAAGUCGACUUAUCCCUUGCAAAAAUAUUACGUGAUAAAUCAAUACUGUUACUUUAAUGCCAUCUCAAAGGGAUAAUUCGAAUAGUUUUCACAGCUUAUAAAUGUGAUGUGCUCACCGCUCGAAGCUUUGCAGACGCGACAUUAUAGUCUCAUAAAAUUUAUCUAUUUUUGACAGUGCCGAGCCGCAACGGCAUUUAAAGACCAAAUUGAAUGUACAAACACUAUAAUGUCUCUUCUCAAUGCGUCAUUAGCGUGUCCGUAUACACAACAGGACCCUUCGUCUGAUUCGAUCGACAACCAGAGUUUCACUUUCGUAAUAUUUAGUACCUUCCGAGUAGUGUAAGAAAAAUAAUAGUACCUUUACAGUUAAACAAAAAACUUGAAUUAAUUUCCAGCAGGACCCUCCGUGGUUUGAAGGUCUUCAGACCAUUGGUGUAUAUCCCUGUAUAGCGGUGCAUUAGUACCUUCAGAUUAUCUUCGUUUUCUUUUAAAACAAAUAUUAGUUUAUAAGAAAUAAAUCUACAAAAUUUUUAUACUGCCAGCAGGACCCUUUUUUGUUUUGGUGCUCUCAGUCUAGACAGUCAUAUUUCCUAGCAGCAAUAUAUUAGUACUUUUCAAAAAAAUAUCGCUUCGUUAAAAAAUGAGUAGUAUAAAGUAAUAGUAAUAAGACUCUGAUUCAUUAUCAGGGAAAAUAUUCUAAAUAGCAUAACGUUACUUCUAUUCCCGGAGUUUACUUUACCUAUUAUUGUUUUAUUUAUGUGAUGCAACCAAUUAAAUAAAAAUUUAGUUUUCAUGUUAUUUUAGGUAGGUACGUAGUUUAAUCGUCGAAGAACAUAUAAUUCAAUAAUUUACAAAAUUGAGGGUAGAUGAAAAAAAAUAACCGAUUUCGUAGUGUCAUAUCGCAUAUUAGUAACAGAGGUUCAUUUGUGCAGUUACGUAUUGUCGUUCAGGUUAUUUAAAAUAUUUUUAAUUACUUUUUAAUACAUUUUUUUUUAAUUAAGCGAUAUUUUUUUGAAAAGUACUAAUAUACUGCUGCUAGGAAAUAUGAAUGUCUGGACUGAGAGCACCAAAACAAAAAAGGGUCCUGCUGGCAGUAUAAAAAUUUUGUAGAUUUAUUUCUUAUAAACUAAUAUUUGUUUUAAAAGAAAACGAAGAUAAUCUGAAGGUACUAAUGCACCGCUAUACAGGGAUAUACACCAAUGGUCUGAAGACCUUCAAACCACGGAGGGUCCUGCUGGAAAUUAAUUCAAGUUUUUUGUUUAACUGUAAAGGUACUAUUAUUUUUCUUACACUACUCGGAAGGUACUAAAUAUUACGAAAGUGAAACUCUGGUUGUUGAUCGAAUCAGACGAAGGGUCCUGUUGUGUAUACGGACACGUCAUUAGCGGUUUAUUUGUUUUCGACAGCACUAAAGAUAUUGUGUAUAAGAUAUUAUUAGGUAGAAAUAUAACUAAUUAAUCGCGCACUAGUUCUGACGUCACUGCACCUUAGUACUAUCGAUGUAGUUAUACGUUGCAACCAACUGGCCCCUAUGAUCCGGAGAAAUGGAAUUGUCGAGGCAAUCUGAGUAGUACCUGCAAGUCACGACUCGACGUCUUUCGUCCGGAUUGUAAUUUUAGUUUCGUUGUAGUUACCGCCGUAUACGGCACUUGUAAGGAGUAACACCAACGCCCUAUUGCUUUGUAUAGAUCGACGCGUAUUAUCGUCUGUCUCUAGUAAAUCUUCGAGUAUCUACGUAGAUAAAAGUAAUUAACUAUUUCACUGAUCUGACGGACUGUUGGCCGUUCGUUUUGAACCUUUGUGAUGUUACGUUGUUUCCAAAUCUUGUUGAUUUGUUUGUGAAACAAUUGUAAUUUUCUGAAUUUGUAAUUUAACUGUUUAUUAUGCACUGUUUUAUUGUUAUUUUGAUAAUUUGAUGUUCACGUCUUUUAGAUUUCUGCUCAGGGAGGCAGGUUUUGUAUGGAAGGGAGGUAAAUGUAUGAUGGGCUGAAUGUGUAAUGGUUGGUACAACCUGAGCCAAUUUAUUGCUAUAUUAGUUGAAAUAGUUAAUUUACAAAUAAAUAUUAUACAACAUUGAA